AUGGCGUCAAUUUUCCGUCGUCUUCUAAGUAUCCGAAAACCGAAGAAAGUGUUGACUCGAAAGGAUUCCAUCACUGGUCGUAAUCACACAUUCGAAGUGCCGUACUUGUCUCGACUCGACGGAAACCAAUUACAAACGGGACAAUCGUUGAUUGCCAGAGGAUACAUUACAGGAAGCGAAGGAUUCAUUGUCAAUCUGACAUCUGGUCCAAGCGUUGAACUAGAUGACAAUGGAACCGGACAACUCGAUGAUCGACUCCUAGCUCUCCGAGUCGAUCUUUCAAAAGGAAAAGUGUUUCUCAAUGCAUGCAUCAAUGGACAGUGGGGAAAAGAAGCAUUCGUAAAGCAAUCCUACAAGGAGGGAGACGAGUUUGACAUCCGAAUUCGAUGCUUCGAACAGCAUUUCGAGAUUUACGUAGAGCAUAAAUUGAUUGCCAACUUCAAACAUUAUGUUCCAAUGAGCAAUAUCUCUCAUAUCUAUGUCACUGGAGAUGUUCGACUCUACGCGGUUUCGUGGGAAGGAAAACUUUAUAACAUGCCGUACACUGCUGACAUCCCAGGGAAUUUCUAUGUCGGUAGAAAACUGUUCGUCUCUGCAAUUGCUGACAAGAAACCAAAAGAUUUAUCGAUUGAUUUCUUCGCUGGAGAAGAUGUUCCAUUCCGAUUGAAUGCCUCGUUUAUUCAAAAGAAAAUUCAAAGAAGCAGCGAGAUUUCUGGCACCAAAUCGACUCCAGAAACCACGUUCGAGGGGAAGAAUAAGUUUCCGUUGAAAGCGAAACGAUCCUUCGAUAUUUUGAUCUACGCUUCUGAUGAUAAGUUUUUGGUUUUCAUCAACGACGUUCUCUAUUGCACAUUCGAUCACCGUAUGCCUGCUGCUAAAAUCGAACGUCUACAAAUCAAUGGAGACAUCCAGCUCAUCGGAGUUCAUAUAAAGUAG